AUGGAAAGUCAUAGAAACGUCUCAGAAUUCAUUCUUCUAGGACUUUCUUAUGGACACAAAAUGCAAAUAUUUUGCUUUGUGUUCUUCCUAUUCUGCUAUGUUGCUUUGCUGGGAGGAAACCUUCUGAUCAUUAUCUCCGUCCAAUGCAGCCCGCUUUUAAACCAACCCAUGUACUAUUUUCUUGUCCAUUUAUCCUCAGUAGACAUCUGCUAUACAUCCACUAUGACACCCAAAUUAAUUGCUGAUUUGCUCGUGGAAAGAAAGACCAUUUCCUACGAGAACUGCAUGUUACAGGUCUUAACCUCACACUUCUUAGGAGGUAUUGAGAUCUUCAUUCUCACUGCCAUGGCUUUCGAUCGCUAUGUUGCCAUCUGCAAACCCCUCCACUACAUGAUAAUCAUGAGCAGGACCAGGUGCAAUGCCCUAGUCUUGGCUUCCUGGAUUGGUGGGGCCGCUCAUGCCAUUCCCCUUUUCUCUAUAGCAAUCAAUUUGCCCUUCUGUGGUGCUAAUGAAAUUGAUCACUUUUUUUGUGAUGUCUUUCCUUUACUUCAAGUAGCUUGUACCGAUCACUACAUCAGCGGUAUCCUCAUAGUUGCUUUUUCGGGUAUGGUGAUCUUAGGUGUCUUUAUUGCCUUGCUGAUUUCGUAUGGGGUUAUAUUAUUCACUUUAAGAAACCAGUCAGCUGAGGGAAAACAAAAAGCCCUCUCUACCUGUGGGUCUCACAUAGCUGUAGUCGUUUUAUGGUUUGUACCUGCCAUUUUUAUCUACCUUCGACCUCCAACUACUUUCCCAGGAGAUGCGAUUUUUGCACUCUUUUACACUAUAAUCGCUCCUAUGUUCAAUCCCUUAAUCUACUCUCUGAGAAAUCGAGAGAUGAAAAACACAAUAAGAAAAGUUUGGUGUCAAACAUUACUUUCAAAAGAAUCACUCAAUUAA